AUGCUCGCAUCCGCCCGUUGUGCACGCCGCGCUCACCUCAACCUCAUCCGAUCCUUCGCAACAGAACACGCUCCCUCCUCGUCUUCCUCAGCAGCAAUAAUAGAUGACGUUCUCCCACCACCGACAAAGCCGACUUCUCGUCCGCGCACACGACUUCACCCCUCCCCCCGCUCCCCAUCCAACAACAGCACCAGUCGAGUAGGAAACGCAUUCGCCUCUCUCCCACCCAACUUCGGCCAAAACCAACUCCUCUCCGUACCCAACUCCACGCGAGCCCUCCUCGAAGAAAUCGUCGCUCAAUUCCGUGCUCCAAUCCGCUAUGCAUUCGCCUACGGCUCAGGAGUAUUUGAGCAAGAUGGUUAUACGUCCAUGAAGGAAGAAGGGAAGACACCGAUGUUGGACUUCAUGUUCGCUGUUCGUCAUCCGGAUCAUUGGCAUUCGAUUAAUAUGAACCAGUUUCCGGGGCAUUAUCCUCUUCAUGCGAGAAUGCUUGGAUCGGAUUUUGUUUCGAGGGUGCAGGAAGUGGGGCCUGGUGUUUGGUUUAACACUUUUGUUCGUGUUAAUGAUGUUACUAUUAAAUAUGGCGUAACAUCAAUCGACAACCUCUGCUCCGACCUCCUAACCUGGAAAACACUCUACCUCGCAGGCCGUAUGCACAAACCCUUGCGAAUCAUAAAAGACGACGCCCGCGUCCGACUAACUCAACAAGUCAACCUCACAUCCGCCUUACGAACUGCCCUCCUUACUCUCCCCCAAAACUUCUCCGAACGGGAGUUAUUCGAGACGAUUACGGCGAUAAGCUAUGAUGGUGACCCAAGGAUGUUACUCCCAGCAGAAAACCGUUCGAAAGUGAGUAAUAUUGUGAAGAAACAGGCGACGCUGUUUAAGGAGUUGUAUCAACGACUUGCGGUUGGGUUACCUGGUGUACAUUGGUCUUCUGUAAGUGGGACUAUGAUUGAGCAGGAUGUAAGUCCGCAGACGAGAGCGAGUCAUAUUAAGAAGUUACCUGCUACGCUGCGGUCGAAGUUGGUCGAGCGGUAUGCUGCAAGGGCGGAUAUACCUUCCAGAGAAGCGGAUGAGAGUGCGUUUUGGUUGAAGGUUGCUGGGGAUAAGGACCUAGAACGCGUUCUAAGAACUGAAAUGCGGAGCAUCGUGCGAUAUCCUGCUUUCGUGCAGACGGCAAAGGGAGUCGUGAGCGCUGGGCUAGGGAAGAGUAUUCGAUAUUCGGGUGAGAAGGUGGGGAAGUGGUGGAGAGGAAAAUAAAUGAAAAAUAUACAAGACGAGAUGAGAAGAAGGUGCUAAUUGCUACAGUAUAGUACAUAUUUCAUCCAUAUCCAUCGGGAUACCAUUAAUUCUUAUUUUUCUUCGACCUGGAGUCAUUCGCCCUAUGUACUCAUUCUUUCUGUGAGUUGCUUUGGUUGAUUUUAUCGGUGUUUUCUUUGGAGACGCGUUUUUACUGUUUUCAUUUUCUUAUACUAGACGGGAUUUAGUAAAUUGGCAAUGGUAUAGCACAGCCGUAAAAGAAGCACAAUUCAAUUCAUUUAAUU